CUUUGAGAACCGAGGUCUGUGUGUUCGGGCCCCACGCCGCGUGCUGCGAAUUUUAAUUUCUGCAGACAGCACGGAGCCUGCCCAGGAUUUCUUUACGCUGUUGUGUCUCUCCUGGCAACGCGCUCUGGGCGGACCAGGAACUGAGUCUGGAAGUCCCAGGAGACACGAACACCGGGAGGGACGAUGCACUUGGAUUGCAAAUGGCCCUCAAUGGGAUCUGCUGUUACCGUUUCCUCCUGUCCUGUCCACGCGUUGGGAAACCGGGCGUAGCUUUUUUGUGGCGAGUCUCACAGGCAUCUAGAAUGUAGCUCGGAUCAUCGGACGGUGGCUGACUCGUUUCCGUGUGCUCGGGCUCAGGAUCAGAUAUUUGGAGCAUCAGUAUCUUGUGAUCAUAUUCUGCUGGGCUGUGUUUCACGGGUGGGGUCUCCUUACACUCCAUGGGUGUCUGUGUGAUUUUUUUUUAGUUUUUUUUUUUUUUAAUAUUUACUUAUUUUUCAGAAACAGAGAGUGUGUGUGAGCAGGAGAGGGGCAGAGAGAGAGAGAGAGAGAAACACAGAAUGGGAAGCAGGCUCCAGGCUCUGAGCUGUCAGCACAGAGCCCCACGCGGGGCUCGAACUCACGAACCGUGAGAUCGUGACCUGAGCUAAAGUCGGACGCUCAACCGACUGAGCCCCCCAGACGCCCCUGUGUGUAUUUUGCAAUGAAAAGGGACGUCAGGGAGCCCGGCUGGGAAGCGUGUGACUCUUGAUCUCGGGGGCGUGAGUUCAAGGGCCACGUGGGAUGUACAGGCUAUUAAAAAAAAAUAAAGGAAAACAUAAAAAAAAGGAAGGAUGUAAGGAAAGUGUUCCCAGGGAACGUUUGAGAAAUAUCGAGCAGUUUGCGAUGAUUCAGAGGCAGAGACAGGGCUGACCUCGAACCCGGCCACCUGGGGAGACGCCUCGGGACGUCACUCUGGUGUUUUUGUCCCCGUCCACAGUGUUGGACCAGGCGUUUGUGACGCUGGCCACCAAUGACACGUACUGCCAGGGCGCUCUGGUGCUGGGACAGUCUCUGAGGACGCAGCGGGCGACCAGGAAGCUGGUGGUUCUCAUCACCUCACAGGUGUCCAGCCUGCUCAGGAUGGACAGAUGGAUUGGAUCACACGUACAAGGAAGGAAGAGCAGAGGCGAUCAGAGGGUUUUUCCGAGUGUAAGGAUCCAGGCAAGAGACGCUAUCUAAUCAAGUGGAGAAUUCACACGUUAUAUAAUACCGCUCAAGACCAUGCACCAACGAUCCCUAUACAAAGCACGUAAAAAUAAAACCUAUCUGGUACACAGGCAAACGGAAAGAACCGUAGGGGGAGAGUCUUUUCAUAGCGUUUUGCUGGUUUUUAACUCACAAAGCAGACAUGGUUAUCCUGUCGAAGGUGUUUGAUGAGGUGAUCGAGGUGAACCUGAUGGACAGUGCAGACUACAUCCACCUGGCCUUUCUGAAGAGGCCUGAGCUUGGGGUCACCCUCACCAAGCUUCACUGUUGGACCCUCACCCAUUACAGCAAGUGCGUCUUCCUGGAUGCAGAUACUCUGGUGCUGUCCAAUAUCGAUGAGCUGUUUGACAGGGUGGAGUUUUCCGCAGCCCCGGAUCCCGGGUGGCCGGACUGCUUCAACAGCGGCGUCUUUGUCUUCCAACCGUCUCUCGAGACGCACGGCCUCUUGCUGCGACAUGCCGUGGACCACGGCAGCUUUGACGGGGCAGAUCAAGGCUUACUGAACAGUUUCUUCAGUAGCUGGUCCACGGCAGACAUCCACAAGCACUUACCGUUCAUCUACAACUUGAGCAGUAACACGGCAUACACCUACAGCCCCGCCUUCAAACGAUUCGGCUCGAGUGCAAAGGUCGUGCACUUUCUGGGGCCCACAAAGCCAUGGAACUAUAAGUACAAUCCGCAGACGGGCUCGGUGCUGGAGGACGGCUCCGGGUUGGGGACCCAGCACCAGACGUCCUUCCUCAACCUGUGGUGGACAGUCUACCAGCACAGCGUCCUGCCUCUUUACGAGAGCUUCCGGGAUGCGGGAGAGCACGUGGCUCCGGGACACGCCACUGGCGUCGGGGAGCCGUGUGCAGAAUCAGCAGGGUCCAGCCAGCCUUGGCCAGCUGAGGGCCCUUUGGAGGAGACUGUGGUCACAGAGGACAUCCCGCCUUCCCCCAAGGGAUGCCGUUCGGAGGACACGAUAGGGUGGCCUGAACUUGAGACUUCCGCUGGAGUGAGGUGUGACCCAUUAUCACCACCCUCCCCCCAAUGUGCAGACUCCACAGAGACCCAGACCACCUCGCGGCCUGCGGAUCAAGCAGAAAGUGGCCCGUGUGUGGAAGCCGUGGAACCGAGCCAGGAGCCCCCUGUGGAUGUCACCGGGGACCCUAGUCCUCAGGAUGCUCUGGAGGUUGACCUGGCCGUCUCCGUUUUCGAGAUUUCCAUCGAAGAGAAGGUCAAGGCCCCGAGUCCUGAGGAGGAAAGGAGACACUGGGAGGAGGGACGCAUCGAUUACAUGGGGAAGGAUGCGUUUGCCCGCAUCCAGGAGAAGCUGGACCGGUUUCUGCAGUAACCUGACCGGUUGUGUUGCUCCGUGUGUGGUUAUAGACGGUGCUGUUGCAUGGUCCCGUUGCGUGGACAUCUCCUUCCGGCCCUUCAGAGGGAACAGGUGUUCAACUAUGUGCCUCUGUUUAGGGCUGACCAGCCUGAGUGCCUCAAAAAAAUAACGUAGACCAUCCAAAACCCAGCUUGAAGCCCUCCCCUCCACCCCCGCCGAUCCAAGCUCUCCAUGCCUUCUUGGCUGCCCCCCACUUUCAGCAGAUGGGAGCAGCAAUAAACUUCUGGUAGACCCUUAUUCGUGCUCCCUGGUCUUGCCCCAAGGAGCUCUGAGAUGCUGCCUUGGGCAGGUGCUAUCGUAUCUAUCCCACGUAGCGUUAGACGUCACUGCGCGUUGCCUUCUGCCCCGAAGCUAAUGACACCGGUAUACCCGUUCAGGAACCCUCGAGGAUGGAAAGUCCUUUCCUUGAGGAUUAGGUAGACGUUCAGACAUCUUGAGGGUGAGUCUCACGUAGACUUUGCAGAGCGCGUCUGAGAAACACUACAGCUGUUUCUCUUCUGCAAAACCCAACUGGACCGCCACGUGCCAUUGACUGACGCCCAAUUUGGGAGACGCUGGAGAUGAUGUGGAAGGAAGAUUCUAGCUGGCUUGCGGCAGGGAGCGUCAUCUCAGUUUGGAAGAACCAAGGGUUUAGUCCAGGUGGUUCUGGUGACACCUUGCUCACGCUAAGAGAAUCUCCAGAGGUUCUUUUCCUUGUUUAGAGGCAGAUCCAUUUGUGAUGUGUCCCACGUGACUGCUCGUUGCCGGAUAUCACUACCUCAGCCUGAAUAACGGGUCAAGUCAGCACGUUCCCAAACCAUUUGAACACAGCUGUUUUGGGGACAAUUCUCAGUUGUUUGAGACUGGAAGCUUUCUUCCAGGAGAAAUCCUCAUCUUCAGAAGUGUUCUAAUUUUGUGAAUUCAUGCCGCGUGUUGGAACAGCUCACAGGGUCGCUGCUUGUGGCCGCCACGAUCAUAAUUAACGACGGGCAUCGCUGAGCUAAAGAGAGGUAAAUGUGACGUUUUAAAAGUUAGAAUGGUUUGUCUUGCACGUACUGUGGAGCAUCGAAGGGUCUGGUAGACCAGUUUGAACCACGUGGUGAUGGUUAUGUCAUAACCCGGUGGGUGUGUUUGACCAGAGUUUCCAUCCUGUCAAGCAGGUGAGCCCUUGGCUAGGGGAAUCUGGGCACGUCCGUGACAUCAGUUGUGGUGACAGCUUUUGCACGAUGUGAGUGACGGAGGGUUUGCUUCCUUCAGCUCUGGGAGGCAGUCUUGGCUGACAUCACACACAGGAUGCCCCCGGGGCUAAUUGAAGAUAGCCAUUGGGAUAUAGCCUUAGAGGGACUGGGUUGGGACGGUACUCAGCCGUCAGAGUAACACGGGACAGUUAUUCUGGGGAAAGACUGGUGCUCUGUGCUGUGGUGUUGGGUUACAAAGAACAGUAGCCCAAGUCUGACAUACUUCAGGAGGAGUCCAGAUGAUGAAUAUUUGAGUCUGGCGUAGCUUCUGUGGGGAAGAGAACUCCUGCUUCUGGACAGUGGUGCAUUGGCUUAAGACACACGCUCGACGAAGACUUCUGUUACGCAUUCUGGUCUGCUCAUGCAUUUCAAUUAAAAAUUUAAAACAGCAA